AGUCGCUCCUCGCCCAACUCCAAUGUUAGUUAACAAGCCAGACACUCAGUUGACACCCUCAAACUUCGGCAGCAGCCAAGCUGCAUAGUCGACAUGGCGACCGAUAAAAUAACACAAGAUUUUUCUAAAGACAGAUAAAAGUCUUCCAAGUGUUUUGGAAUGAGAUUUGUGACGUGAUGCGCAUCCACGAUGUGUGACAUUUGAGGAACAAUUGAGUUCGGAAGAAAAAUCUUGAUUCCAGUGGAAUCUUCCAAUAUUUUUUUAACACUUGCACACACACCCACCCAACCCCUACACACGCUGCCCAGCCAUGCCCGUGCAAGCACCACAAUGGACAGAGUUCCUGCUGUGUCCCAUUUGCACUCAGACGUUCGAGGAGACGGUGCGGCGGCCCAUUUCGCUGGGCUGUGGCCACACAGUCUGCAAGAUGUGCCUGAACAAGCUGCACCGCAAGGCCUGCCCCUUCGACCAGACGGCCAUCGCCACUGACAUCGAGCAGCUGCCCGUCAACACAGCCCUGCUGCAGCUGGUGGGGGGACAGGUUCCCAAGGUCCAUCCGGUGGCCCUUAUCACCAGCCCAGAAGACGCGCAGCACUAUGAGGAGGCCAGUCAGUGUGUGGAGGAGCUGGCUCUCUACCUCAAACCCCUCAGCAACACCAGAGGGGUGGGUCUGAACAGCACGACCCUGAGUAUGCUGAGUCGACCCAUGCAGAGGAAGCUGGUGACCCUGGUCCACUGUCAGCUGGUGGAGGAGGAGGGCCGGGUGCGGGCCAUGAGGGCAGCAAGAUCUCUGGGGGAGCGCACGGUCACAGAGCUCAUCCUGCAGCACCAAAAUCCCCAGCAAUUGUCGUCCAAUUUGUGGGCCGCCGUCCGGGCCAGGGGCUGCCAGUUUUUGGGCCCAGCCAUGCAGGAGGAGGCUCUGAAGCUGGUGCUGCUGGCUCUGGAGGACGGCUCGGCCCUGUCCAGGAAGGUCCUGGUGCUGUUCGUGGUCCAGCGGCUGGAGCCACGCUUCCCCCAGGCCUCCAAAACCAGCAUAGGCCACGUGGUGCAACUCCUUUACAGGGCCUCCUGCUUUAAGGUGACCAAGCGGGACGAGGACUCGUCGCUGAUGCAGCUGAAGGAAGAGUUCCGGACGUACGAGGCGCUGCGGCGCGAACAUGACUCCCAGAUUGUCCAGAUCGCCAUGGAGGGCGGCCUCCGCAUCGCCCCUGACCAGUGGUCCUCCCUGCUCUACGGGGACCAGUCACACAAGUCCCACAUGCAGUCCAUCAUUGACAAGUUGCAGACACCGGCUUCGUUUGCCCAGAGCGUCCAGGAGUUGACCAUUGCCCUGCAGAGGACGGGCGACCCCGCCAACCUUAACCGCCUCCGACCACACCUGGAGCUCCUGGCCAACAUCGACCCGAGCCCCGACGCCCCCCCUCCCACGUGGGAGCAGCUGGAGAAGGGUCUGGUGGCGGUGAAGACUGUAGUCCACGGCCUGGUAGAUUUCAUCCAGAACCACAGCAAAAAGGGAGCCGACCCACAACAGCCCCCCCAGCACAGUAAGUACAAGACUUACAUGUGUCGGGACAUGAAGCAGAAGGGGGGCUGUCCCCGAGGAGCCAGCUGUACCUUCGCCCACUCUCAGGAGGAGCUGGAGAAGUACCGUAAAAUGAACAAGCGUUUGGUAGCUCGCCUCCCCGGCUCAUCUGGCCUGCUGUCGGACGAUGGACUCUCUCUGGACGUGGGGGUGACCCGGAAACCCUCGCCCCUCACCAACGGCUCAGCCGUACCCCCCUUGCCCCAGCUCAUCGCCCGUGGCACCGACCUUGUGACCUACGACCUGUUGCGCAAGCCCAAGAUGGACGGCGGGAGCAACAGCUCCCCGGGAUCGCCACCUGACUCUCUGGACUCUGGGCUCAAACAAGGGUACCCUCAGCCACCCCAAGCCAUGGGCUACUCCAGGGGGCCAGGAGACCACAUGUCCAUGCCCAAGCAGAUGCCCAGUGGCGUGGUGCCCCGGGGGCCUCAGAUGUACCCACAGCAGCAGCUACCUGAAAUGUACUACUCCGACUCUCGCCCCCCGCCCUCCGCCUCGCAGUACGAGCCCUCGCAGUACCCCCAAGGUUACCCCUACCAGCAGCCCCCCCAGUACGCCCCCCAGCGCUACAUCCGCAACCCCCCUCCCCCCAGCGAGCCAGCUGGACCCCCCUACCAGGACCCCUACCCCGACUACGGCCCACCCGAUCGCCCUUACCCGGCCCCCCACUCGGGCCCUCCCUUUUCCUACCCUCCCCCAUCCCACUAUGACACCCGAAGCCGCCAUGGCCCUUACCCCGGCCCCCCUCCUCCCCCCCAGCCCUACCCCUCGCAGAGGGACGACAUGGUCCGGAUGAGCCCUGCGCCCCUGGAAGGGCCCCCUUACCACCAGGAGCAGGCUGCCAGGGAGAGGUACCCCCCAGAGGGAUUCUACCCACCGGGGGCCCAGCCCCAACCCUUAAGGUCCUACGUCAGAGUGAGUUUGGUUCCUCCACAGUGGUCAGCAACCCUGGUCCCGGAGAGUUACAAGGAGCCGUACGGGCGCUCCUCCCAGCCCAGCCUAGACUACUUGCAUCACCGCCGUAAGGAGCUGAUGGCCCAGCUGGAGGAGAGGAAGGUCAUCUCUCCCACCCUCCCCCACACCUUCCCCAGCGACUACCCCCCAGAGUAUGGGGAGGAGAGCUCCAAAGCCUUUGGGAAGUGCAGGGAGCCUGACUACGCGGGCCAGUACUCUCCCUGGUCCUGUGACACCAUCGGCUCCUACAUCGGCACCAAGGACUCCAAGCCCAAAGAUGUCAUGGCGCCCGGUGCCAUGGAGAUGAUGAAUGUGGACGGUAAAGGUAGGCGGGGGGAGCCCUCCAUGGAGGCCCAGGUCAGGCGGGGGACAGAGGUGAAGGACGACGACCCCAUCAUCCCUUUCGGCCCCCAGCCCACUGUGUCGCGCUUCGGGGCCAUCUCACGCACCUCCAAGACAGGCUACCAGACAACAGGCCCCAUGCAGGCCUUGGGCUCCGCCCAGGGACCCAACCCCAAGCACAUGGCCAUAGCCGCGGAGUACUCCUAUGGGAACCACGGAGGCUGGGGCGGAGCCUCCUACCCCUCCCACCAAACGAUCUCCUCUCAGGGACACUUCAGUGAAAGGCUGCCUAUGCCAUCUCAGGACAGAGAGCAGCUGAAGACUGAGCUCCAACAGGUCAACCAGCAGAUCAACCAACAGUCUCAGAUCCACAGCAUGGAGCUCUCCCAGCCAGGUCAGAACCAGGGCCAGCAGGGGGGGAAGUGGCCUGGUCCAGCGGGGGGUUCCGGCAGCGCUGCCACAGUGUCCAGCGAACAGCUCAGCAUGGAGCUCCACCAGGUGGAGAGGGAGAUUGGCAAGAGGACCCGCGAGAUGGACAUGGACAGCCAGGUGGCUCAUGAGGUCCUGUACAAGACGAAGACUGCAGAGAAUGGCCAGCAGGACCACAAGGCCCAGCUGGAGGAGAUUUCUCUUGCCCUGGGUGAGGUGUCGAAUGGCUCCAGCGGUCUAGGGCAGGACGGCGGUGUGGGCGGAGCCAUGCUGUCACUGACCACUAAGGCGUCAUCGCUUAGCCUGUGUUCUGAGCCAGGACCCGGGGGCUCCGAUCUGCAGAAGAACCGUGUGGUCCAUUCCUGCUCCUAGACCAUACACACUGCGACACACACUCACACUCAGAGCCUUUGUUCUAGAGCAUGCACACACAUACUUGUUUUAUUUAGAAGAUGAGCAGUAUCUGCCGUGAUAUGAAUUUUCUUUCUUUUUGUUCUGUGAAUGAGCAUAUUUUUUUUUCUAUCAUGACUUUCAUCGCCUGAACCAUUUGAUGACAUUUUAUUUCUCUUGUGUUUUUUUUACUGGGAUUAUAAAACAAGACUCUCAAAGUAGAUCUGUCAAAAAAAGCAAAUGAUGAUGAUAAUUGUUCAAAGAAGGCUAUCCCUCCUACAUAGAUAUCACAUACCAAGACACGUAGUGGAUCGAAGGGUGGAGUAUUUCUCAAUUCUCCCCCCUCUAUUUUUGUGCCCAUUACCAGGGUAAGCAACUUGCAGGGACCUAAAUACCCCCAAAGAUGGUUUUAAGGCUGUGAAAUGUAAACGUUCAAUUUCGUAACCAAUUUAGUAUCGAAUCCUAACUCAAGUUAUGGUCGUUUUGGUCUUAUGUACUACAUAGCUAUCAAAAGUCUUGGUGUUUUACGACGUAGUCAGCUGUCAUAAGUAUCAUGUAAGUGUCUGUUUAUAAUGCAUUAGGCAAGUCAGUUCAGAACAAAUUCUUAUUUACAAUGACAGCCUAGGAACAGUGGGUUAACUGCCUUGUUCAGGGGCAGAACGACCGAUUUUUACCUCGUCAGCUCGGGGAUUCGAUAUAGCAACCUUUCGGUUAAUGGCCCAACGCUCUAACCACUAGGCUACCUGCCGCCCCGGUAUGACACGUUGUUUCUUUCUGAUACCUUUGACAGCUAACUAACGGUUAGUCAGUGUAGUAUCCGUUCUGUUGGCGUUCAGGAAUAAAGGUGUAACCGCUAGUGUUCAGGAAUACGCCACCCCCAGAAUCGUAAAACGUGGUUGACCAGAUGGGGGGGGGGGGAAGGGGGAGUGAAGACGUUCCACCAACGCUCAGUCAACCCUCAGAGCCAAACAAGACCAUGUCGCUUCAAGCCGCAUGCCGUUUUUAACCCGCCAUGAGAAGUCUGAUUUUAUUAGUGCAUUUUAUGAAUACAUCAUAUGUCUGUUUCAUACUUGAAAAGCAGUAUCUUAUUAACCAAAGCAUUCUGUUUUAAAGAUUGCAAAAUGUUUCUUUUUGAUAAGCUUUUCUCAUGUUUUCUAUAAGGGAACAUACUAUGUGCUUCUCGUGGGAUGUGGUGUGACUUGCUGCGGAAAUGUCUUGUUUGUACUUUGAUGGGCUGGAAUUCAAUAGAACUUGCAGUGCGGAAAUGCAAAUUCCAGGGAGUGUAACAAAACAUUAAUUUUCACAUUGCAGGAAGAUCAUUUUCCAUGAUGCAAGAGAGAUUGAAUCCCCUCCCAGUGUGAAUUUAAUCAUAUGGGGUGAUUGGUGUUUAUGUUCCUCGUCUUCCUCAGAGCUCCUUAUCUGGUCAUUGAAAAGGCCUCCCCAUUGGGAUUAUCUUGUCAUUGGUUCUCCUUAACUUCUAUGAAGUUGCGUUCCCUUGUUUGUUUUUUUGCUUGCGUAAAUUGCGAUUAAGGGGGUGUGGCCUGCCUGAACGCUAGUCUGUAUUGGAGGGGAAGUAAAAUGGUUUAAUAUGCAAAUUUUUGGUCCUCUUGUUCUUAAUAUGUGUGUGUAAAAGGUGUCUGUAGUCUGCCAAACAGUCCUUUCAAUGGUUUGUGCGUCAAUGUCAACAGUUAAAGAGUAGCGAAGUGUCUUAAAUAAUUGUCAUUUACAGGCUUAAAAAAAAGUCCUAUCCCUUUUUUGUUUUUAUCCGCGUACUAUUAGUUCAUUUUAGAACAAGUCUGUAUCAAGACACAUAUUCAGGGUAUCUUAGUGGAUUCAAAACCCAGAACCUUGGGCCACAUGUGAGGCUUAAAGCAAGCAGCCAGAGUGUCUUGCCCCUCAAAAAGCCUCUACUCAGUCUUGACCUUUUUAAUGAUAUUUUUCACUAUAUUGUUUUCUGGUGCUAUUAUUAUUGUAAGCUAUAAAAACAAAGUUUCACACUCCAUAUGUAUAACCUUACAGUAAUUUAUUGGGUAAAAAAAACACAACUGUUUCAGCAUCACUGUGCCUUUCAGUGUUUUUUACCCAAUAAAUUACUGGGAGGUAAAACGAAUGGAGUGUGCGACUCUUUGUUUUUAUAGCGUACAGUUUAUUCACCGUUAGUCAAAACCUCUUACACUAAAUAAUGUUCUCUGGGUGUGCGCCAGCUCAUGCUUUUUAUUAUUAGCAUUAUUACUUUAUUAUUGAUGUUCCUGUCAUGGUAAUUGUUUAUCGCUGAUGCUCGUUAAGGAGCUCUCUGCCUUUUGUAAACAAUCGUCAUGAUUGGUCAUUGAAAAAAAGCUGCGCUGAAAUGCAAAGAGGUGGAUCCCAGUGCUUAAACGGUUAAGAAUACAUGGAAUGUAGAUGACGAUCGGGUUUCAUAAUUUGGGUUCAGGGAAAAAUGGUCAGCUUUUUGUCAGUGUAGAUGGGUGUUGAGGGCCAGGGUCAGUUAUAGUUUUUUUUUUUUUUUUUAACCACACUUCAUGCCUCUUGGGCUACUCUUUGCUAUAUUUUAUUGUUUAGGUAAACAACUCACUUAUACAUAUGAGUAUGUAUACAUACAUUAAUAUACUAAGCACUGUUAACGUGCCACCUCUUAUUCUACUCGCUCAGCAUUUAUAUUAAAUGAUCUCUACUUAGAAUCAGCUAAAUGUUUUAUUUUAUUUCUCCACUGGUUGCCAACAGACUUUAUCCUUUCCCAGUUGAAGGACUUCUGUGCGCAUUGACGUGUGUUCACUUAAUUUUUUUGUGUUCAAACAAAGAUAAGUUCUCUACUGAAAUAUGCUUCCGAAAGAAGACACAUUUAAUGAUGAAAAUUUACAAUAACAAAAAAAAAUGUUUUUGUGUGUGUUAGGUUGUAUUGUAGAAAAUGUACACUGUCUUUUUUUUCAAAGUAAAGUGUGCUGUACUGGGUGACGGUGUGGAAAUAUUAGAAAUGUGUUGGGCUUUUGUCUUUUUUUUUUUAAGAGGUAAUCCGGGUAAGCCUUUAAUUUAGUCAAAGGCUUGCUUCAUAUUCUCAAGGAAUACUCCUAGGCCAUUCAUUCCAACAGUAUGAGGUCAUUUGGAAGCGCCCUAACCAAAUUGAAAGCAAUCUUUAUUGGCACACUCAUUUUGUCACCACCAUCACUAAUCACAUGACCGGCAGAGACACAUGUUUUGUCAUAUUUAGAACAAAAAAUGUGUUUCUGCUGGGGAAAAUGUAAUUGACUAGUUGGGUUUGUUUUUCUUUCCUCCUGUUGUUGAGUGAAAUCACUUACUUCCAAGUCUUACAGUGAUCUAUGUAACGCAUCCCAAGACGAAGCAUCAUGUUGUCCAUCCACAGGGAAACUGUCAAACUUGGCGUCACACUCAUCCACACACAUGUUUUCAUUUGUUUCAGAAUAGUCAUGAAAAUGUGCUUACUCUUAAGUCCCUCCAGCCGUGAGCCUUCAAGAUAGAGUUCACUUCAAAUUUGUCUAAUGAUUUUAGAUAUCAAAAGUGGUCUAUUGACUUGAGGCCACAUUCCAUGCCAUCUGUUGUGAAGAUCCAGCUAUAAGCCUCAAUCCCCAAAUCAAUGGCAAAGAUGGACCUGGACAUAAUUCAGUGCCUAUCAUUUCCACUCAUUUUGGGUUUAAGGCAUAUAGUUUAUGUAUAUCUCAAGUGGUUUAACGUUUAUUCAAGGUCACGUCCCAAACCGUGUGUGUAAUGUUUUGGGAUGUGACCUUGAAUAAACGUUAAACCACUUGAGAUCUAAAACGUGCAACAAACUUUGAUUUUGGAGUAAACUGUCCCUUUCUUAAAGCCUAUAGGUGAGUAGAAUUAACAAUUAUAUGGUUUCUAUGGGAAUAGCAAUGACGUUCAUGUCAGUCUCAUGCUUUCAUUUGUUUCUGAGUGAAACUGCUGCCUACACCUCCUUCACACAGCCAUUGAACUCUUUCCCUAAACCACAGAACUCUUACUGCUGUUUUGGGCUCACAUUUUAAUUCCUAACUUUUGGGAAAAAGUCAAUGGCUGUUUUUAUAUGAUUAAUCCCUUGUAAAAUAUCUCUUAAAUUAAGGUACAGUUUUCAUUUCAGCAAGAAAAUACGUUUUUAUAUGUAUUAUACUCCAUUAAGGAAUGUUUAGAAUUAUCUUCCUCCAAUGUGGAUGUAGCCAUUAUUACACCAUUUUAUGACUUUGUAAGAGAAUUCACUGUGUGAAAAUUGGUUUGCAUUUUUGUAUAAUACAAUCUGCUUUUUUUGUUUGAUAAGAGAGGGAGGUCAAACUGGAAGUUUUUAAGAGAGAAAUUAACCUGUGAAAUUGAGAAUCUUUUUUUUUUAAUAUGUACAACAGUGAUUCUAUGCUGAGGGGAUGGAUUAAAUGAUAUUGCUAACUCUGUUA